AUGUCAAUAACAGAAGAGAUUGAGUUGGGCAGUGCUCAUAUAUACUCGAGAAACCCGAAUGGAGCUAAAGCAGAUUCGGUAACACCUGCUGGUGAAGAACCUUGCACUUUGGAGCAGGAUCGCACAGAGGAAUCUGUAAUAGAGUUCCAGGCCACAUCCGAUGUUAACUCCUCCUACACCACCAAUGACACCCAUACUAGGAUCAAAAAUCUACAACCUUAUACCGUGUUGGUCGGUUCCUUCCUUGGACUAAUUGUCAACCUCGGGUUGAUUAACUCGAUCGGAGCUGUGCAGUCGUAUGUAUCUGUCCACCAGUUUAGUGGGUAUUCUGCAAGUACAGUGUCCUGGAUAUUCUCAAUCUACCUUGCAUUGGCGUACGCAGGGGCCUUGGUAUCUGGUCCGUUGUUUGAUUCGAAAGGAACACUAUGGCUUCUUAUUUAUCUGACGUUGUUUAUCUUCGCGGGGUUGAUGGGGGCAGCAAAUAGUUUUCAAAUUUGGCAUUUUGUUCUAAGCUUUAUAAGCUUGGGUAUUGGUAAUGGAUUAGGAAUGGCACCUUUGGUGUCAGUAAUUGGCCAUUGGUUUAGUCCCAAAAUCAAGAACCUGAGCAACACCAUGGUCGACGAUGACAAGUUGGAAAAGUUUGAGGGAAUGAACACCAAGUUAGGUGUUGGUGUUAGCACAGGACUCGCAACUGCGGGAGGAAGUAUUGGAGGAUUGGUAUUCCCUCUAAUGUUGAGAAAGUUGUAUCUACUGGUGGGGUUCGUUUGGGCGCUACGGAUUUUGGCGUUCACGUGCUUGGGGUGCAUGAUUUGCUCAAUUGUAUUGGUGAAGGAGCGGUUCAGAAAGGAAAAAAAAACUAGCACAGUUCAAUUGAGUGAGUGGCCAAGUAAAUUUAUCAAUUUUUGCAAAAUCAAAGACACUAGAUUCCUAUUCAUUAUUUGUGGUGGGUUCUGUACCGAGCUUAGUCUUGUUUUAUUGGUCACGUACUUUGCCAGUUAUGCCAUUGCCCAUGGAAUGAGUGAAUCGGAUUCAUUGGUGUUGAUUACCAUUUGGAAUGGUGUUGGGACGUUGGGAAGGUUCUUGCCAGGUUUGGCUAGUGAUUACUUUGGCAGGUUCAACAUAAAUGUUAUAAUGCUAGUGGGCUACUGCUUGACAAUCUUGGUGUUGUUGUUGCCAUUUGGAAACAACCACAAAAUCCUUUAUGCAUUUAGUGUUUUAGGAGGUGUAUUUUCAGGUUCAAUACUCAGUCUCCUUCCAGUUUGCUUGUCACAGAUAUCCAAAGCUAACGAGUUGGGUAAAAAGUACGGAAUUUUGAAUUUUUACCUUUCGUUGGCAAACCUUUUCGGUAUCCCAAUUGCUGCAGCCAUAAUCAAGCACGGAACAGCUCAUGAUUAUGACAACUUUAUAAUCUUUGUUGGCUGUUUGUCAGUAGUAGGGUUGAUUUUUUGGGUACUUGCAAGAGUAAGUUUAGUGGGAAUCAAGUUGAAUGUUAGAGUGUAG